GGCUCUAUUCUAAGCUAUAAAACAAGGAAUGCUAUCUAUCUGUUGACUUGCAAGCGAUGCAUGAAACAAUGUAUUGAAACAAAUGCAAGAAUGAACAGUCACCGUGGCGGAAGUAGCGACAAAACUAAACAGCUCUUCAUGUCUCGAAAAAAAUAAUGUGUCGCAGAGUCUAGCGGAAAAAUGUAUCGCAAAACUUUCCCGACACAGACUCUGCGACACAUUGUUUUUUUUUGCGACACGAAGAGUUGCGCCACAUCCACACGUAGUGCGAUACAACUUUUUUUUACAGUGUAAUAUACAAGCAAUACGCUGAAACGACUUCAGAUCUUAUACGAUAAACUACCCUAUAAUUUUAUGUAUAAUUGUCGACGGAUUUUAUAUCAGUCUGCUUUCUGGCUUUAAGAGCAAUUAAGACUCAAUUUGAAGACUCAAAUACUUUCGAUGAUGGCACCAGGGAAGUGAUGUCAGAUAUCAUCAAUACUCACCUCCUCUUAAAUGAGUAAAAAAUCAAACUAAAUCAACAACAAGUGAUAAACAAUGCCUCGGAAAGUAAAAAGACUUUUUAUCUGUAAUCCUCUAGCUAUAAAAUUUGUGAAUAGGAGCAUAGAGGACAUAACCAUCAAACGUCUUCUCAAUAAAAAGUCUAUCAAAGAACUUCUGCAAAAAUCUCGAAAAAUAAAGAUAUUAUGAUUACGUAUCAGACAAAAGCGAUUCGUAGUAAAAUAUUCAAUAUUCAACAACGCCAAACGGUUUCAGCUUUUAAUACAGAUUUUUUUCAGACAUCUACCUAUGACUGUCGAUUAUCAACAUUCUGUAAUGCUCAACAUAAACAUAUCAUCACUCGUGAUUUAUGAAUAGUGAAAAAUAAACAACUACACGAACUUCUCCGAAAAGGACCACAACAUCGUGAGCCACAACCAACUAAUUGGAAACGUGCUUUUGAAAGUGUAAAAGCUGUAGAAAAUUAUAUUGAUAAAGUUUCAAAAAAGGAAAAAUUAGCGAAACUCUUAUUUCGUGAAUGA